AUGUCUGCUAAAUCUAUACACGAAGCCGACGGUAAAGCCCUCCUCUCUUACUUCCUCCCUAGAUCCCCCGUCUGGUGCGACGCAGAACCUAUCACUACCUUCCAAGCUGCAACCCCAAAGCUUGCUUCCCUUACCUUCCCCGAUGAAGACUCAAUUGAUGCCGUCUUUGCCCAGGUAGAAGCUACCUACCCUUGGCUGCUCAUCCCAGACUCUAGAUUUGUCGCUAAACCCGACCAGCUCAUCAAGCGUCGUGGCAAGUCAGGCCUCCUGGCUCUCAAUAAAACUUGGCCAGAGGCAAAAGCAUGGAUCGCAGAACGUGCAACAAAACCAAUCACCGUAGAAGGCAUUGACGGUGUCCUCCGUACCUUCCUCGUCGAACCCUUUGUCCCUCACGAACAAAAAACUGAGUACUACAUCAAUAUCAACUCAGUCCGUGAAGGUGACUGGAUCCUCUUUUACCACGAGGGAGGUGUCGAUGUCGGUGACGUUGACUCUAAAGCCUCAAAACUUCUGAUCCCUGUCGACAUUGAAAACGAGUACCCCUCAAAUCAAACUAUCAUUGCCGAACUCCUCAAACAUGUCCCCGAAUCCCAGCACCAGAUCCUUGUCGACUUUAUCAAUAGACUCUAUGCCGUCUACGUCGACCUCCAAUUCACCUAUCUCGAAAUUAACCCCCUGGUCGUCAUCCCUACCGAGGCUGGCGUCGAAGUCCACUACCUCGAUCUUGCUGGCAAGCUCGACCAGACUGCUGAGUUUGAGUGUGGCCCCAAGUGGGCAGUCGCUCGCUCCCCUGCAGCCCUCGGCCAAUUUGUCGACGCCGCCUCCAGCGGUAAAGUCAACAUUGAUGCUGGCCCACCAAUGGUUUUCCCUGCCCCCUUUGGCCGUGAACUGACCCCAGAGGAGGCCUACAUUGCCGAGCUGGACUCCAAAACUGGCGCCUCUCUUAAGCUUACCAUUCUUAACCCCAAGGGCCGCAUCUGGACCCUGGUUGCCGGUGGUGGUGCCUCUGUCGUCUACGCUGAUGCAAUUGCCUCGGCUGGCUAUGCCGACGAACUCGCCAACUAUGGUGAGUACUCUGGUGCCCCCAAUGAGGUCCAAACUUACGAAUAUGCCAAAACUGUUCUUGAUCUCAUGACUCGUGGAGACCCUUGCAAGGAAGGCAAGAUUCUGUUUAUUGGUGGUGGCAUUGCCAACUUUACCCAAGUCGGCUCCACCUUUAAGGGUAUCAUUCGGGCCUUUAGAGACUUUAAGGCCCAGCUACACAGACACAAGGUUAAGAUUUACAUUCGUCGUGGUGGCCCCAACUGGCAGGAAGGUCUGCGUCUGAUUAAGAAUGCUGGUGAGGAACUUGACCUGCCUAUGGAGAUUUUCGGUCCUGACAUGCACGUUUCGGGUAUUGUUCCCUUGGCUCUUGUUGGCAAGAGACCUAAGAAUGUUUUGCCCUUUGGUGCUCCCUCGUCGACUACCCCAUCGACUCCUCUUCAGUUUUAA